CUUCGCCAUUUCUAACUGUACUACCGUAUGUAUUUGUUACAAUAAAGUCGAUGGAAUUGAAUUGAAUAAUGAUUUAAAUCUUAAAAUACCAAAAUAAGUAGGUAUACCAAAAACAAAACAAUAACCAGUGUAUAUUUUCCACAAUCUGAAACCUUUUAUCGCAUUAGAUAGUCUAAUGCUAUGAUAAACGAUAACAACUUACACGCGCAUUUUAAUUUCCAACAUGCUAAGAAAGGUAUCAAGAUUAUCACUUAUAAAAGUGUCCAUCAGAAAAUUUUCCGAAAGUCGCCAAGUAACGCCUCUAUACGAACAUGCUAAUACUUUUAAAAAUACGGUUGCAAUAUACGAUCAAAAUGGCGAACAAACUUUUGGAAGUAUCUAUGACAAAGCGAAAAAUCUAUCAAAUGAAAUAGUAAAAAUUUUAGGUCGAGGCAAUAAUGAACGAAUUUUGUUUUUAUGUCCCAACGAUGCGAACUAUGUUUUUGUUCUGUGGGGCAUUUGGAUGGCUGGGCACACUGCUGUACCACUAAGCCAUCUACAUCCCGAAAAUAUUCUUCAUUAUUACGCCAAGGACACAAAUUCAAAACUGUUCAUAGCUACACCAGAACAUGAGACUCUGAUGAAACGUAUUGCUGAGCAAAAUAAAGUUACACUGCAUAUUGUGGGACAUGAAAGCAAUGUUACAAAUCAUGAACAGACUCUUCACAAAUUUGAUGAGAAUGAUAAUGCGUUCAUUCUUUAUACCAGUGGAACUACGGGAAAUCCAAAAGGGGUUGUUCAUACCAACAAAAACGUCUGGGUGCAAACCAAAACCCUCGUAAAUGCAUGGAAAUGGUCCUCUGAAGACAUUAUGCUCCACACCUUGCCGUUACACCACGUUCACGGAACAGUUUGUGCAUUAUUCAGCCCACUACUUAUAGGUGCCAGUACAGUGAUGAUUCCCAGAUUCUCACCAGGAGUUAUUUGGGAUCACCUUCUAGGAAGGCAGGGGCAGAAGAUAACCGUGUUUAUGGCUGUUCCCACAAUAUAUGCCAAGCUGAUCGAAGAAUUUGAAAAGAACUGCAAAAAUGAUAAAGAAUAUAUAAGGAGCUAUAUGAAAAAUAAUGUCAGACUAAUGGUCAGUGGUUCUGCUCCGUUACCAAUACCAUUAUAUCAGAAGUGGUAUGAGAUUACAGGUCAUAAGCUUCUAGAAAGGUAUGGAAUGACAGAAAUGGGAAUAUGCUUGUCUAACGAGUAUGAUUCUGACAGAGAACCAGGUUACGUUGGGGUUCCAUUGCCAGGAGUUGCAAUUCACUUGGCCGAUUCUAAUAAAAAUCAUAAAACAUUGUUGGAGUGUUACAAUGACGGUAAUAAAUUAAAUUUCGAUAAGUCGAUAAAUGAAGACGUUAAAGGUAAUCUUCUGGUCAAAGGCACUAACGUUUUCAAAGAAUAUUACAACAAACCAGAAGCUACAAAAAAGGAGUUUACAGAAGAUGGAUGGUUCAUAACAGGAGACGCUUGCGAAUACUCUCAUGAAAAGAGAAGAUUCAGAAUUCUAGGACGAACUAGUGUGGAUAUUAUAAAGUCUGGAGGUUACAAAAUCAGUGCCUUACAGAUUGAAACCAAAUUGUUGGCUCAUCCAGAUAUUAAAGACAUUGCUGUUGUAGGUGUUAAAGAUGAUACCUGGGGAGAAAAAAUAGCUGCUCUGGUAGUAUUGGAAGAAAAUUCAAAAAUGACAUUGGAGGAUUUAAGGCGUUGGGCUGGCGAGUACAUGCCGAAAUACAGUUUGCCUUCGAUUCUGAAAAUUGUGAAUGAAAUUCCGAAAAAUAUCAUGGGAAAGGUGAAUAAGAAACAGUUAGUGGAGGACCUUUUUCAUACGUAAAAUGUAUAUUUAGUGUUUUUUGUAAAUAUAUUUGUAAGGUUCUAUAUAUAUUUUUUAAUUUUUCUUGAAAACUAUUACUUUUGGGUAUUCUUCACUUACACAAAAUUGCAGAUUUAGUAGCAAAAUAAAUAUCGAU